AUGUUUCUGCAGAAGCUUCGAUCCUUUUCCUUUCCAUUAAACUCCAAGACUCCUCCAGAGGAUGAUAAAAAGCAUCACCAACGUCGCAAAUCACUCAGAACUCCUAACUCUGAACACAAAAACCCUCUGUCACCGUCCACAACCAAUUCUACGAAUGGUUCCCAUAGUUCUCCGCGGAAAACAAGCAUAUGUACAGAAGUCAAACAGGCAUCCAAAAUAAAUAAUGGAAUGGAUGAGAAUCUAGAAGGACGGGAGUUCAGGGAAUAUUUGGAAAAGUGUAGAAAGGCAGAAGAGGCAGAGGAAAGAAAGAGGAAGAAGAUGGCUGAAAAGAGGAAGGAGAAAGCCGGCCUAUUCGGAAUCCUUGAUACACGAAGACAAGACAACACAAACAAACAAAUGGAGGAAACGACGGCACAACACGCAUAUGCGAAACUUCCUAGAAAUUACUCAGUACAUAUUCGCUGA